AUGAACCCAACCGCCUUGGCAGUAAGUCAGAUCCAAGAAAAGAUCGAGAUCUCCGUCGGACUGGAAGGUGGUCACUUCAGCCUCUUCGUCAUGAAUCUUCAAACGUCCCAGCUAGACUUGCAGUUCUCUCAUUCCAACUCCAGCGAUGCUGCUAUAACAGCCAUGGCACUCUCGUCGCCGUAUUUAAUGGUAAUAUCCCAACACAAAGAUUUGACUUUGUACAACCUACGACCUUGCAACCACCAAGCAGGGGGAACCAACACCUUCGAGCCCUACCAGGUUGCUUCUCUCAAAGCAGAUAACAUUAUUGCACCCAUGGCACUAUCUCUCAGAGCCUCAUCCUUCGAAAUUGUUGCCACUAUUGUGUAUAGUUUCUUCCAUAUUGGCUGUGGGUGGUCUCUGGGAAUUCAAGAAUUGCGUCUGGGCAAAGAUGGGCAACAACUUGAUUCACGACUGGCUACUACAGUGGAUUCCCAAUAUGGAUUGCGGCCACUCCGAUCCAGAAACAGGCGAUAUUCUGCCGAGUCGGUCGACAAUCAACCUCCCAUCACCCCUGGGGCACCAUCUAUCCUACAUCAACAGCCGCCAACCUCCAUGUCCUAUUCCCAUCCGUAUUUGCUGACCUCUCAUGUGGACAACACGUUAACCAUGUACCUUGUGGUAUCUACGUCGGAAAGUUUGUUCGUUCAAGGUGGCCGGCGACUUUGGGGCCAUACCUCUUCCGUAUCUGCUGUACAAGUGACCAACCGCGGGAAAGCUGUCUCUGUAAGCUCUCGAGGUGAUGAAAUUCGAAUAUGGGAGUUAGAGACGGCGAUAUCAUCGCUGGGCCACAGAUCCUUCGAUGAGAACGGAGUUCAGCUCCACGCUGGAAAUAAGGGGGAGUCCGAGCCAGAAAGAAUUUCUCACAAUUUGGGAAGUAUAAAUGUGGAAUCGCAAGAAUUGACCCUGCCCGGAUUUGAUGACGAACGAGUUCUUCUUCUUCGAAAUAAGACCGGAACACAGCGACUUGAGUGUUACGAUUUCACCUAA